UCCAUCUCUCCGGUGAUCGAAGCUGUUCUUGUUCGUCUCCAAUUUUGCUUUUAGGUUUCCCGAUUUAGUAAUUUCUCUAAGAUCAUCAGCUUUUUUCCAUUGAAGAUGGUCUAUCGAUGCGUAAAAUGUAAUAACUUCUAUCUCAUCGAAAACGACUUUGUUUACGAAAUCAAAUGUGGAAAAUGCAAAUUGCAAACCUGUGGAAAGUGCUUAAGACGUCCUUAUUACCCGGCAUUGUGUCAUGAGUUUGAGAGAUGGGCUUUUCGACAUCAAGAAAGAACCACUUCUAUAAGACAGCGUUUUAUACAAUAUGGUCCUCACUGGAAUCAGCUGAAUUUGGCACUUGUUUUCUUGAACAAUGUGCAAACUGCUUAUGAACAAUUGUCUCCAGAGUCUUAUCAGCGUUUCCACAAACGCCUCAUUCUUCCUUUUAAUCAGAUGCGGCAAAUUAUUGAUUUUGACCGUUGGUUUCGUCUCCAUGCUGCCUUCAACCCCGUUGUAGAGGUUGCUCUUGCUAACGAGUAUAAUGUUCUCCAAACGCGAAUGUGUGCUUUCUUUUACAUAAUUCCUCCACCCGGAUUGGCUGCUAAUGUUUGGAAGCUAAGGAUACGAACAAUCGAUCGGAUUAGUAUCAAUCUUGGUGUGGCGGUUGCCAUUAAACUUCAUCUUUACCUGAACAAAUUUAUGGUUCCAAAGUAAAAGUUUUCUCUUUUGCGAGAGAUAGACUACAAAAAAGGCUAAAUACUUGGACAUCAAAAUUCUUGUCCAAAGGCGGCAAAGAAGUUCUUAUUAAGUCUGUAGCUCCAGCUCUUCCGACAUAUGUUAUGUCGUGUUUUCUU